AUGACACGCAGGCGUGAGGGGCGUGGCGAGACGUGAGGGGGCGUGGCCAAGAUGGCCGCCCGCAUGAACCUCAUCCCUGUAGCAAGUGCAGGGGUUUGUGCUCAGAGCUUUCGGAGUCUUGCUGCAAUAUGGUGAGAAGUCAAGAAAUCUCUGGUGGGAAGCUGCCCUACACCCUACACAUAAUCUGCCCCUGCAUAUCCUUCAGAAAGGUUACUGUUCUCAGCCUGCAUUGGCAUCUACAGUGAACCAAAGUUCAUCCCACCCACCUUCCCUUCUGGGCCCUGGUGAAGAAAGUGAAGCUCAAGGAGGAUAAGUGCUUUCCUGCCAGGUCACACAACUAGCAACUGGAGAACUAGAUUGAAAAUCUGGGGACUACACUCUGCACAGGGCCUCUGAGCUCCUGCAGGUUCUGCAGGUGCAGGCCUCCUGCAAGCUCCCUGCUUGGGUCCACUCUGGAGAUUGAAUGUUUAAAGGAAACCCAGGAUUUGGUUUCAUCAGGUAUGGGAAGACACACAGACACGGAAAUGACUGUCAUGAAGGAAGAAUUUUGUUAUACUCACAGAUCUCUAAAAAUAGGAGGCCUUGGCAUACCAGCCAGGGCCACGUGGGAAAGCACCAGGCAUGGUCAGGAAGCAGUGAGAGAAAAAGAAGACAUGGAAAAAGUCUUUAUUGUGGAGUCCAUGGGAAAGAAUCGGGGAGGCAGCAUAAGCAGGUUUAGGAUUGGGUGCUUUGAAUAAUUUCAGUGGGUUCUGGGGCAGAGAAGCUGUCCAUAGUUCACUGGUCCCAGGCCCUGGGGUGAUUAGGGCAGAGGAAUAGUGACCCAGAGAUUAAGAACCCUAUAAAGGAGGUGGCUGGGGUCUGGACUCCGGAUUGGUUGGUUUGCAGAUGAAAGGCAUACUCCCAGUUGUUUGUUCUCUCUAGGAAUUAGCUAACCCUGGGAGGGGCCACCCUUCUACUUCAGCAAGAUGUCAGAUAUCAAAGCAUCAGAUACAGAAACUGGAAAACAUGGUUACUACAAUGAGGUUUCUGGACAGCUUCAGCCUCCGGAGCUUCUGCAGGCCAAAUGCCAGUGAGGCUCAGAGUGGGGAGCAAAUGGAGAAGGUGACACCUUUCCCUGUAGACUGUGGGCUCCAGCCUGACAGCAAACAACCUAUUCAUUUGUUUUGUAUCUGCUUUCAUUCAGUGACGUUUAUAACAUUCUAAAUUGUCAGUUUAAGUGUAGUUUCACUACUGGGGAUUGUUUUUAGGUAAUCACCAUGGGUCUGAUUUUAAAUCACAUUCUAUUACAAUUGCAUAACAAAGUGAGAUGUCAAUUGUUUUAAUGUUUUCUUAUUUAUUGUUCUUUAGCUACACAAGCAUCUUAAGGAGCUACAAAAAUUGGUGGAUAUAUUGCCAUCAAUUAAGCAUAAGUGGCCCUAUCAGAACAGGUACAUCAUAAUGGUGAGAAUAGUAUGGAGCCUUGUUGCCUUCCUUACUCUAAUGAGAAUGCUGAUCUUCCACAGGAUCUGUUUAGAGAAUGCAGAUAAAAAGUGAGAUUACUGUUUACCAUGAGCAUUACGAAAAGCACCGAAUCUCCUGAGACAGGAAAAAGAAAUUGAUUUCUCCAUGUUUUUCAUACUCCACGAUACUCUUCAAAAGCAGUUUCUCGGCACAUGGCUAUUGAUCUACUGCUCAGGAAGGUUCCUGCAAGUUCCCUGCAAACUGCCCAAGACUUCAAGUCAGAGAUUGUGGUGAUGAGUAGCCUGCGGGUCAUUCUUCAAGCCUCUUUAUGCAAAUCGCUGUGGAGAAGAUGCCAGAUUCUGAGAUCCAUGCCAGUGAGGCCCUGCAGCCUCUACACCUGCAGUUACAAAACCCGGAACCGAGCCCUGCACCCACUCUGGGAAAGAAUGGACCUGGUCCCAGGGGGCGAGCGCCAGUCGCCCAUCAAUAUCCGGUGGAGGGACAGUGUCUACGAUCCUGACUUAAAACCGCUCACCAUCUCUUAUGACCCUGCCACCUGCCUACACCUCUGGAAUAAUGGAUACUCUUUCCUUGUGGAAUUUGAAGAUUCUACUGAUAAAUCAGUGAUCAAGGGAGGACCCCUGGAAGAUAACUAUCGAUUGAAGCAGUUCCAUUUUCACUGGGGGGCCAUUGAUGCCUGGGGCUCUGAGCAUACUGUGGACAGCAAAUGUUACCCGGCAGAGCUGCACCUGGUGCAUUGGAAUUCAGUCAAAUUUGAAAACUUUGAGGAUGCAGCACUGGAAGAAAAUGGUUUAGCUGUGAUAGGAGUAUUUUUAAAGCUAGGGAAAAAUCAUAAAGAGCUACAAAAAUUGGUGGAUACAUUGCCAUCAAUUAAACAUAAGGAUACCAUAGUGGAAUUUGGGUCAUUCGACCCUUCCUGCCUGAUGCCCACCUGCCCGGACUACUGGACCUACUCAGGAUCCCUGACUACCCCACCACUCUCCGAGUCCGUCACCUGGAUCAUUAAGAAGCAGCCUGUAGAGGUUGAUCAUGAUCAGCUUGAGCAAUUUCGGACCCUGCUUUUCACUUCCGAGGGGGAGAAAGAAAAAAGAAUGGUGGACAACUUCCGCCCCCUGCAGCCCCUCAUGAAUCGCACUGUCCGCUCAUCCUUCCGUCAUGAUUAUAUCCUCAAUAUACAAGCAAAAUCCAAGCCUUCGACCAGCCAAGCUAGCCCCUAAGACGCCCAUAUGUAGGUGGUGUUUUGCUUUAAUACAUAAUAGGUUUUUAAAAACUGUUAACUAAGACUAUUCUAAACACCUAAUACUAAUUAUAGAGGUGCAUUUCUUGGUAUGGUAGUGCUCCUUCAGUCUUUUAUUGAUAAUGAUGUUAACACUGAAGUAGCAACAAGAAACACAAGUUUCUCUUAAAGCAACCUGUUGGUUUUUAUAAUGUCUUUUAAUGUCUGACAUUUUUUGAGCUGUCUUUUUAUAUUAUCAGUUAGUGGUUAUAUAAGUAGGGAUGACAAUCAAAAUAUUUAACCACUGGUAAGGCACAAACUGGUACUUUCUGGCUGAACAUUGGUCAUGAUUUUAGGUACAUUUUAUUUUAAAACAUGGAUGAAUUUUCUUUUAUAAGGCCUUCUCAGUGAGCAUAUUUGCUCUGAUCUUUAGUUAUCUUACUAGUAGAUGAUAUGUUUGCUUACUUACUAUCAACUUAUGAUACAGAAAAAAAUAUUAUGUAAUCCUAGGAAAACAAAGAUUUACUGAUACCUGAAAAUAUUUUUGCAUUUCUGAAGAUCAGAUAUUUUACUUAAAGGCCUGAUCAUAUAAAAAGCAUAUACAGUGUAGAAAAUUUUAAAGAAAAUGCUUGAAGUGCCUGGAACUUACAAUUCUUUCAUGACAUAGUUAUGGAAGUAUUUUUCAAAUGAUUAGUAAUAUAUAGUUUAUAAUAUUAUUUUGCAUUAUUUGUACACUGUUUCAUAGACAAAACAGUCUUAGCUUCCCUUUAAAACUGCCUGAACUUUAUUUCCUUAGUUGAUGUUCUAGGCAAGACAGGUGAUCAAAAUAAGUCUCCCAGUUUAUACAGUGGCUUAGAAAACUUUUGCUACAGUAAGAGGGGGAGAAACUUGUCAGAAUGGCUGAAAUCUAGGUAAUUCUACAUAUUCCAUGGAAUCCAUGCCACUGUUGCCCCUGCUUGUAAAUAUCUUGGAAUGUUUCUAAUGGCCAAUAAGCCUGUGUUCAGACUCCAUAUUGCAUUAAUUAGUAGUAUUUCUUUCAUGAAUAUGUUAAUCUGGUCUGCAAGAUAGAGUUGGAUAAAUAUACUUAACACUACUAGACCAUACACUGAAAAAAGUUAAGAUGAUAAGUUUUAUGCUAUGUGUAUUAUUAAUUAAAAAUAAAUAAUUCGGUAGGAAGAAAAGAUAGAAUUGAAGUUGUAUAUGUAAACUUCGGGGGAUAUAUCUGCCCUAAAGAAGGUUGGAAGGGGGAGUGAAGGCAUUUGCUUCUAGGGCGGAUGCCUUUUCUGGGAAAGGAAAGCAAGUAUACCUUGGAAAAUGAAUAUAAUUCUUAAAAAGAUAAAUUUGGGGGGGAAAGUUUACCUCAAUUGAUCUGUUUCAAACCAUAGUUGUCUUUGAAAGGGUAAACACAUAAGAUAUACAUUAUUCCUCUCACACAAGCUUCCCUCCUAGGCCUCUUGCAAACUCUCAUUGCAAAAUUCUAUUGCUAUGAGUGUUCCAAAUUGGAGCCAGAAGCAAUGUACAGAACACCCGCUUACCCUUAUAUCUUAGAGAUACAAAGGGUGUACAGUUGACCCUUGAACUGCAUUUGAAAUGCGUGGGUCCACUUACACGAAAUUUUUUUUCAAUAAAUAUGCACAGUACUGGAAAUAUUUUCUCUUCCUUAUGAUUUCCUUAACAUUUUCUUUUCUCUCGCUUACUGUAUUGUAAGAAUGCAGUACAUAAUAUACAAAAUAUGUAUUAAUCAAUGGUUUAUUAUCAGCUAGGCUUCUAGUCAACAGUAGGCUAUUAGUAGUUAAGUUUUGGGGGAGUCAAAAGUUAUAUACAUAUUUUUGACCGUUCAAGGAUGUCAGUGCUCCAAGCCCUGCAUUGUUGAAGGGUUAACUGUACAGGGUGGGGCAAGAGUAGAUUUAUAGUUGUUUGUAUGGAAAAUAAUACAAUAAUUAAUAAAUUAAAAUACAAGAAUAAACUCAGUGUUUUGCAUACUCACAACUGUAAACCUACUUUUGCCCCGCCCUGUAUUUCUAGGGUGUUUCUCAGUUUAUAACUCCUGAUUUACUUACACCUCAUGUUCUGGUGUAAUUUAUAACAGAACCCUCUUCACUCUUAGCCAUGUCCUGUAUGUAUGUCUGCAUAAUACAUUUUUGGUCACCUUCCCUGCGGAGGUUAUGGAAACUGCCUUGGGGUGUGGUUUCAUGCAUGCCUUAGUUAUCUGCCCCCAAAAGGGAUAAUAGAGAUUCCCUGGCUACUGAGACACCCUAGCAGGAAACAUUUUAUGUCUUCAUGUCUCCAAAAGUGUUUUACUGCUACCUUCCUAGACCUGAAGGGGAUAAGAUCUGUCAAAGGGCUUGAGAAAGAAUUUUGUAUUUAAAUUGCUGCUCAUCUUCAUUAAGUAAUGCUAGAUUAAUAAAACCAUCUUUAUAAUAUUA